CGUGCGUAGCCAAAAUAUGUUCCGCCGCCAGUGGUGACGUCAAAAUUCCGCGCGUUAACUCGAUGUUGUCACCUGCCUCGGGAAUGAGUUCUGGGACUUCGCAGUGAUGGUGCACUGCAGUUGCGUGUGGUUCAGAAAGUAUGGAAACUUCAUUGAUAACCUAAGACUCUUCACCAAAGGAGGAAGUGGUGGAAUGGGUUACCCUCGUUUAGGGGGAGAAGGUGGAAAAGGUGGUGACGUCUGGGUUGUAGCCCAUAACAGGAUGACUUUAAAACAACUUAAAGACAAAUAUCCUCAGAAACGAUUUGUGGCUGGAGAAGGAGCAAAUAGUCGAGUUAAUGCACUGAAAGGGCCCAAAGGGAAAGACUGUGAAAUUCCUGUACCUGUGGGUAUUUCAGUAACUGAUGAAAAUGGUAAAAUUAUAGGAGAGCUCAAUAAAGAGAAAGACAGAAUUUUGGUAGCUGAAGGAGGCCUUGGUGGUAAAUUACUCACUAAUUUCUUACCACUGAAAGGCCAGAAACGAGUCAUUCACCUUGAUCUAAAACUUAUAGCUGAUGUAGGCCUAGUGGGAUUCCCAAAUGCUGGAAAAUCCUCUUUGCUAAGUCAGGUUUCUCAUGCAAAACCUGCAAUUGCAGAUUAUGCUUUUACAACAUUAAAGCCUCAACUUGGAAAGAUUAUGUAUGAUGAUUUCAAACAGAUAUCAGUAGCUGAUCUUCCUGGUUUAAUAGAAGGAGCACAUAUGAACAAAGGAAUGGGCCAUAAAUUCCUCAAGCAUGUAGAAAGAACCAAACAACUACUGUUUGUUGUCGAUAUUUCUGGAUUUCAGCUUUCUUCCCAAACUCAAUAUAGAACUGCCUUUGAAACCAUAAUACUGCUUACAAAAGAAUUGGAGUUGUACAAAGAGGAACUUCAGACAAAACCUGCACUUCUGGCAGUUAAUAAAAUGGACUUGCCAGGUGCUCAGGAUAAAUACCAUGUACUGAUGAAUCAACUCCAGAAUCCUAAAGAUUUUCUGCAUCUAUUUGAAAAGAACAUGAUUCCAGAGAGGACCAUGGAGUUCCAACAUAUCAUCCCCAUCUCUGCAAUUACAGGAGAAGGAAUUGACGAAUUAAAGAACUAUAUAAGAAAAUCUCUAGAUGAACAUGCCAAUCAGGAAGAUGAUGCAUAUCAUAAGAAACAGUUGCUUAACUUACAGAUUUCCAGUACAAUAUCUUAUAGUGAGCCACCACCAAAAAAUUGUUAUUAGCCCCAGAUAGAUGUAAUUUAAAUCUAUUAAAAAUGCUACUGAGGGGCACCCGGGUGGCUCGGUGGGUUAAACCUCUGCCUUCGGCUCUGGUCAUGAUCCCAGGGGCCUGGGAUCGAGCCCUGUGUCGGGCUCUCUGCUCUGCGGGGACCCUGCUUCCCCCUCUCUCUCUGCCUGCCUCUCUGCCUACUUGUGAUCUCUCUCUCUCUCUGUCAAAUAAAUAAAAUACUUCUUAAAAUUAAAAAAAAAAAUUUUAAUGAUACUGAAAUUAUAUUCAUUUGAAAGUUUUUCUACAGACAUGUAUUCUUUAGAAGGUUAGUUAUUAUUAACCUUCUGCUAUAAAUGCCAUCAUUCAAGAACCAUACCUUCUUGUUUUGUAGUUAAGUGUAUAGAUAAUAAAAAACUAAGACCUAGAAAUGACAACUUAUAUUUUAUGGCCAAUCCACCCAUAAUAAAAUCCUCUGAUAUUCCUGUAGUUAUGACAUCUCUAGUAAGAUCAUUUAUAUAUAUAUAAACAGAAGAGCAUUCUCUAGAAUAUUAUUCAAAUGAGCAACCAAGUUUUUUUUUGUUUUUGAGUCUGUCAUAUACCUGGUUCUACUAAUUACAUAAUAGUUACCUUUUUUGGAAAACUUCAAAACCCUAAAUUUUAACAUAUUUUCAGUAAUAAUUAAGAUCACUGAUAAUAUUUAACAGAAACCAGCAGGUAGAUGAUUAUAGUUUCACCUUUUGGAAAAUUUUCUUUCUUAAUUAUAAAUCUUUUUUCCUGCUUUGGAGCAGUCUGGUAUAUGUCUCAUUUUCUUGCACUCAAAUCUAUCUUGUUUUCAUAUGUUGGUAAAGAGAAGUAAUAGGAAGUGCAGAUUUGAAACAAUAUUAUCAAUCAUCAGUAUAUUGAUACUAAAAUUUCUAAAUUUCUGUGUUUCAGAAAUACAAAUUGGACAUUUUCUCUUCAUUAGUUUUAUUAUAAAAUACAUAUAUUCAUUGUAAGAAAUAAAACAUAAACCACCCAAAAGCAUAUAAAGGAAAACAACUUCCCAUCUUCCUGCAUUGGGCCCUCUUAUCCUUCCCAGAGAAAACCACUGUUAAUAAUUUUUUAUUUCCAGCAGAAUUUUUUAAUUCAUUUAUCUUUUUACUCAAAUGAGUUCAUUAUAUAAAUCUUUUCUAAGGUUUUUUGUUGUUGUCGUUUAAAUAGUAGCAAGUUAAUGAGCUUUUAAAAUUAAUUCUUCAAAGCUGCUUUUAAAUUAUUAGAAAUUUUUUUGGAAUUUAAGCCUCAGUAAAGCCUUUACAUAUGGUUAUAAGUAUUACAUAAAAAUCAUGUCAGUAUUGUUCUCCUUAAAUUUCUUCUGAUGUGACAAUGUGAAUGAGUGUUUACAAGUAUUAUUUCACUUUUAUUUGUUCUGUUUUCUGUUCUCCACUCCCACCUCCCAUUCAGGGCCCCAGAUCAAUGGCUUUUUUGUAUUUCUUUUUCCUUAAUUGCACAGGUAUUUAUUGAGUGUCUCCCAUCUGUCAGGCACUGUGCAAGGCACAGGAUGUACAGUGUUGAAGACAGGACCUGCUGCCCUUAUGGACCUCACAUUCAAUAGCAGAAACUGCAGGGGAUUAGAAUAGUCUGGUCCUGCUUUACAGCAAAGAAGUAAGAAUGAGGAGAGCAUUCGGGAUUUGAACAUCUGUACUGAUCAUUCUGAUCAUGUUUCAUUUUGGGUAUGUUUUACGUUUAUAACUUUAGUAUCAUUUUUCUCUUAACUUAUAUUAUUUCCUAAAUAUAUAGAAGUAGCAAUGUGAGGACAAUUUCAUCAGGUGAAUUUCUGAAGUUCUGACACCAUACUCUUAUUUUCUGCUGUGGCAAAGGAUAGUAGAUAUGUGCUGAGAAUUAAGAGGAAUUACAUCUUAUUUGUUAGUAAUGGCCAGGUCACUACUCUACAACUAAAUAAAGCAUUGUGUUAUGUAACUCA